UAAACGCUUAAGUGUCCCUUUCGGAGGCUUUUAUGAGAACAUGGUUCGGUGUUUCCUGAUCCACACCGUGUGCCCGAUCAGCGCGCUGUCUGCCGGGGAGUGCCGGGUCCUGUACUCCCGGGUGUUCGGUCCGGAUGAGGCGGUUCUGUCCGAGGAGCACCGGGAGCUGAGCCCGGAGGAGAGGAGGCUGCUGCAGAAGGAGAAGGUGGCCGUGGUGGCGAGGCAGGUCCACAGCGCCGUCACUUUGUCCCGGGAGGCUUCGGGUCGACAGCCGGUGGAGAUGGUUCCGGGCGAGGAAGCUCUGGCCCUGCAGGACGCCGACAGCGGCGUGGCGAGGCUGAGGGCCGGGGACCCCUUCGACCAGGAGAUGAGCGUUCUGUGGCUCGGCGUCCAGAGUCUGGGCUUCACGCUGGUCUGCGAGCCCCACGAGAACCUGCUGCUGGCCGAGGGAACCCUGAGGAACCUGACCCGACACUGCCUGGAGCAUCUGCACAUGCUGGGAUCGGGCAGCGAGGUCCUCCUGAAGAGCAGCCGCAUCGACGUCCUGCUCAGCCGCCUGCUCCCUCACGGCCAGCUCCUCUUCCUCAACCACCGCUUCGCCCAGAGUCUGGAGAAGGAGGUAGCCGCUUACAUGGCCAAAUGAACCCGGCUGUCGCUUUCGUUGAGGUGGGGCGGGGGGGUCAAAUCUAUCAGGCCUGCAGUCAGACUUCCAGUUUGGGCUAAAUCACUAGCUAGCCGUAAGUGCUAGCUUUCAAACGAAACAAAAGCCGGCCGCUGUUUACCUUUGGUGACAUUUCUGCGUCGGAUGAAGAGCGGCGGACUACCGGGCUGCUGCUGCUGCUGCUGCUGCUGGAGAUUGCAUGAUGUGUGAACACAUAGGGAGGUAAAUAUCUCCCUCAGCCACUCGCAGCAGCUCACUGUUGGCUGUUUACUGUGUGGGAGGCUUCACUUCAAAUCCUGUUUGUCAAAUUGAAGAGUGGAAAAGGAAAAAAAAAAUGUGGCAGAUUAAAGAGUGGAGCUGAAGAGGCCAGUUAAGACCUACUUGUCAGCAUCAAAGUCUGCUAUUUAUCUGAUUCGCCGUGCUCGAAAUGUCACGGCGUGACCUUGGGCAAGCAGACUUGACCUGUUCUUUUUUUUUUUUUUUUUAAAUAAUUCUGGGAGUAUAAAUGAAUCUCAAAGUGCCUUAUUGUGACUUCUAAAAGACCUUCCUGAGGAGUAGGAGGAGGAAAUUGUUUUGUAUGAAUCAUCCCGUAGUGAAGCGAAGACACGGAACAGUCAGAGAUCAAAGUCAGACCUGUUUAAUGUCACUCUGAAAUGUCACGGUUCCCGACACAUCAAGGACAAUGGAAUAAGGCGGAAAACGACAAGACCGAUUAUAAAAGCGUGCGGGAUGAAUUCAGGGGAUGUAGAAGCAAAUCAGGAAGCGACGACAAGAACAAGUGCAACAGAAGCAUCCUGACACAACAAAUAAAAUAUGUAUACCUGUUAUCUGGUGAACAUCUGUUGUACCUCGUGCUCCCCGUUAACUCUCCCGCUCCUCCUCCUCCUGGCCUCAUAAAAGCUUCCUAAACCCCAGUUUUUGCGCUGGCAGCCGACUGCGAACCCAGAGCGGUGAUUUUUCAUUUUUUUUUUUUUUUUGUUAGGGGGAGGGCUGGUCCGUCUGGAUGCCAGCAUCAGCCGCUUUGAUCUUCUCCUUUUUCUGUAUUAAAAAUAAAACUAAUUUCUACUGUUA